GGCGCUGCUUGGGGGUAGGGAGCGGCGAGGGAUGGUGGAGGGGGGGCACAUACCAGCAGCCCCCGUCUGAGUCGCUGCGAGGAGAUUAUUUCCAUUGAUUUACUUGGAUGGGGCUUGUGCUGGCUUUUAAACGAUAAAGAAGGGGAGCCAGGAGAGCGCGUGUGUGAAUGUUACCUUGUAAAGACCCUCAGCAGCCAUGGGCGAAUAUAGCCGUUUCAUAGAUUGGGAUAGGAUGGAUUCUUCUAUCCAGGACCAGGACUCCAAAGAACUGAGCAGCACAGAAUUCCAAGAGCUGAAACAACUGGCUCGCCAGGGUUACUGGGCCAAGAACCACUCUUUGAGAGCCAAAGUGUACCACAAACUGAUCAGUGGCAUUCCUUGCCGCACAGUGACGCCCGAUGCCAAUGUCUACCGGGACAUAGUUGUGAAGAUAGUGGGCAAACGUAACAGCAGCACCCUCCCGCUGCCGGAGUUCGUGGACGACAGCUUAGUCCCCACUUACUGCCUGAACGCAGAGGGCGUAGGGGCGGUGAGGAAGAUCAUCUCGUGCAUCGCGAGCCAGUUCCCAGACAUUUCGUUCUGCCCGGCGUUGCCGUCGGUAGUGGCGCUCCUCCUCCACUACAGCAGGGAUGAGGCGGAGUGCUUCGAGAAGGUUUGUCGCAUCCUGGCCUGCAACGAUCCCGCCAAGCGCUUCAUCGACCAGACUUUCUUGGCUUUCGAGUCCUCGUGCAUGACUUUCGGGGAUCUGGUGAACAAGUACUGUCAGGCGGCUCACAAGCUCAUGGUGGCCGUGUCGGAGGACGUGCUGGAAGUGUACUCCGACUGGCAGCGGUGGCUCUUCGGAGAGCUGCCCAUGACUUACAUCGCCCGGGUUUUUGACGUGUUCUUGGUGGAAGGCUACAAGGUGCUCUACCGCGUCGCCCUGGCCCUCCUGAAGUUCUUCCACAAAGGGAGAGCUGGGCAGACGAUGGAGUCGGACAACGUGCAGCAGGACAUCCGGGCUUUCAUCCGGGACAUUGCGAAGUCGGUGUCUCCUGAGAAACUGCUGGAGAAAGCGUUUGCCAUCCGGCUGUUCUCGCGGAAGGAGAUCCAUCUGCUGCAGAUGGCAAAUGAGAAGGCCCUUCAGCAGAAAGGCAUAACAGUCAAGCAGAAGAGGCAGAAUGUCCACCUGGCGGUUCAUGCAGAAAACUUCAAGUCUGAAAUUGUGGACGUCAAGAAGAUGAGAGACAUCUGGUCGUGGAUUCCCGAACGCUUUGCACUUUGCCAGCCGCUGUUAGUGUAUACCACCUCGGAACACGGCUGCAGCUUGAGCAGGUUCUUUUCGCACUGCGAGGGACAUGAGCCGACUCUCCUCCUGAUUAAGACAACGGCCCAAGAGGUCUGCGGUGCUUACUUAUCGACAGACUGGAACGAACGCAAGCGAGGAGGAGGAAAACUGAGUUUCUUCGGGACGGGGGAAUGCUUUGUGUUCCGGCUGGUGCCCGAAGUGGAGCGCUACGAGUGGGUGGUGAUCAAGCACCCGGAACUCGCCAUGCCUGGGCUUGAGCAAGGAGCUGGACCUCCUCAGGCGGCUGACACCUCCUCCUCCACUAGCGCUCCCUCCGACCCUUCUGGCCGCCUCUCCCCCUUCCUUUCCGCCCGUCACUUCAACCUGCCUUCCAAAGCUGCGUCCAUGUUCAUGGCUGGCGACAGGGAAUGCAUCAUCGUUGGUGGUGGUGAUGGACAAGCCCUCUACAUAGAUGCCGAUCUGAACCAUGGAAGAACCAGCCACUGCAACACUUUCAACAAUCAGCCGCUGUGCUCCGAAAGCUUCCAGAUCGCCAUCCUGGAGGUCUGGGGCUUCAUUGACACCAUGAGCAGCUGAGGCAGCUGCCUUCACUAAAAAUGCCCAGCUCUUGGAGAAUCUCGUGAUCGUGAGCACCAUUCCGGUUGGCAGGAGCCAAGCUAAUACUCAAAACACCCUGAACUAGCAGGCUCCUUGUAAUUCAGAGAUCUGGAGGUCCUUUCGAGGAGCGUCCUCAAAACGCAGAGGGCUUAGUUGUUCUUGCUGUCAGUUUGUUCGGACGCAAUUCCCAAUGGACUCAGUGGGGCCUGUGCAGCACGUUAACUUUUUGGCGUGUGUCUGAAUCUUGAUAAAUGUAUCGUGAUAUUUACACUGGUGAGGCUGUGUGCUCUUGUAUCCCCAGGUUGGUGCAGAGUCACGUCGGAGCUGUGCUUAGCUUCUAAGAGGCUAAGUGGGCUUCCGAUGCCGGCAAGUCUUUGUGGGCAUCGAGGGGUAGAAGCCUCGCGCUUUGCAGAAGGUUCCUACCAGGAUUGAAAUCUUGAGGGAGAUGAGCGAGACCUGAAGUGGUGAUUGUUUUUCCCCCACCCCAUUACAUAACAUGCCAAUCCAGCAGGGAUCCCGCAACUCUCAGGCGUAGCUUUUCUGGGGCUGAAACAGGAGGGCUGGGAAAACACAUGCGCCCUGCUCAGCGUACAUGGAAAAGCUCUGCACACGCUGUCUGGGAUCCAAGCCAUUGCCUUCUCGAUUCUGUUCCCCGAAAAGAAAUGUCUUAGGUGGUUUUGUGUGUCACGUGUGAAUGUGCUCUGCAAACUUAUGUCUUAACAUUCUGUGGUGGCUGGAAUAUGGUUGAGGGGUGACUCAGGCACGCUUGCUUCCCAUCCCUCUACAGCCCUGCUGCGGUGGCUUCCGAUGUGAAGCAGAAAGAUUGCUAACGUGGCCUGGCAUUCCAUUUCGCUGUGGUUUUAGGUGGUACGUUGCGGCAGCUCUAGGUGUUUGAAACGAAGAACGCCCUGCCCUCCCCCAGCAGUGGAGCCACUACAUUGCCUUUGGAAGAAGAGGAGAAGGAGGCAGGCAGGCAAGCAGAGUUUGCAGGAGAAGCGUUGGCUUGGGGUUUUCAAGCAGCCUUCAAAGUUCAAGCCACUGCAGUUGGCUGCAAAGUUGUUUAAAACACAUCGGCCUCUGUUUUGCCUGCAGAUGGGGCUGACUUCUUCCACGGACUCUAGGGGGUGCUCUUUCACUGACAGGUUGCCUUAGGUCUCCAGCAGCCCUUGCGUGUUCCUUUAUGGUGGGUUUUUUUUUUCCCCGAUGCAGGCGGCCAUCGAUGAGCAAAAAUCUGUUUCUUUUAGAUGCAUCCCGCUUCCCAGCUGCCUAGCUGAGCAAACGAAAGAGGGAAAUUUUAAAAUACAUACCCAGCAUCUCUGUGGUGUAUUGGAGAGCUUGGAGACUUUGUCUCCUCCGUGACAAACGGGCCGGUAAUUAACUGUGUCACUUAUUCUGGAUAGGGUACAAACGUCGUUUGAAGAUGGAAGACGGGGAUGAGAGCUGACAGCUCCAGGAACACUUAAAAUAGAGCAAGAAGCCAUUUAGUGUCGCAGUCCGGGUCUCUAUUCCAAUGCUGCCUCCAAAUGCCUUGGUGAGAGAGGUGCUAUGGAUUGUAUGACAAGCCUACCCACGAAGACCAGUUGUUUGUGACAGCUGGUAGAGCUUUAUUUGUGGUAGUGCUGCCUUUCUGGGUGAUACUGAAAGUCCCCCCCACACACACACUCCCCAAAUUUCACAUCGUCGUGAGCAGAACGAUGCUGCUGCUUCCUUUAUGUGAUAGAAGCAAUUCUGGAAUAUCCAGAUGCGAUGGGUUAUAUUUAUGAAGUAGAAGUUCCAGCAAUCCUUGGGCCUGGCACCGGGGUUACUGUGUCCAUCCGGAUCACGAUGCCCGUUUUUCAGCUGGCGUUGCAUUGCAAAAGACUCAAAACGCAUAUCCAUCCCGUGUUAUGGGAAGGAGGAUUAAGAAAACCAUGGCUGGCAUACAGUCUCCCUGCUCGGAGAUGGGUUUACGACGCUGCUUUGUUUUUGCCCAAACUGUGCAACUGCCCCUGGCAAUCAUGCAUUGAAAGAAUAGCCUUCCUUGGAUCACGAGAAUCCCUUAAAUUACAUACCAAUUGCUUCCAUUAAAUUUAUUUCUGAGAGGUUAAGGAUCUAACAGUUGGGACGGAGCUGUCCUGCAAAGCAAACCAUACAGUUCAGAUAAUCCCCCCCUCUUUGAUUAAUGCCGGGUAGCAACAUCAGUAGCACUGAGGAAGGUAGAAACAAUCCUGGAGAUCUCCAGGGAAUGAGAUCUAUCUUUGAAAACUUUUGGUCAUGCCCCAAGAGAGACUUGCCCUGUUAACUGACGGCACUGUACGCUCCCUGGUUGAUCUUCUGUUGAGAAGACACUUGAAGAACCUCUGCUGUUCUCGUCGUCCUCAUAGGCAAAGAGGGAGGGACCGGGUUUUUUAAAAAGUACGACCAAUUUUACACUAGGCCUUGAAUCCCGGUUUAGCCCUGUCCCCAAACUGACAUUCUACGCUAGACUCACAGAAUCAGAGAAAUCAACUCUGCGGCUCUGUGAUUCUUUGAUUUUAAAGUAGAAUGUCAGUUUGAGGAGAGGGCUAAACCAGGAUUGAAGGCCUAGUGCAGAAUCGCACGUAGAGAGCAGGAAUGUUUUCAGUUUCAAAAGAAAAAGUGGGUAUACCAUUAACCCCAACACGAGCGCGGAGGAAUAAAUAUACAGCUCCUGCUGGUUCUUUUUCUUUUCCAAGGGAAAUAGAUUCUGCUUGCAGCCCCUUCAGUGUGUUCCACGUUACCCCUUGGAAUUUGAUUUUUUUUAACCGUAAUAGUCAGCAGGGCUUUUUUUUGUAGCAGGAAUUCCUUUGCAUAUUAGGCCCCCCUGAUGUAGCCAAUCCUCCAAGAGCUUACGGGGCUUUUAGUCCAGGGCCUACUGUAAGCUCCAGGAGGAUUGGCUACAUCAGGGGUGUGUGGCCUAAUAUGCAAAUGAGGUCCUGCUACCAAAGAAAAGCCCUGAUAGUCACCAUGGUGAUGGUGUGAGCAAGGGCAGCCCCUCUCACCUUUGGCCGAGGAAAGGUACUCUGGUGCGUUGACCUGGCAGCUCCCAGAAGAGAGAUCCAGGCUUCUGGCUUUUAACGUCCGUAUCAAUUGUUCUGUGUGUUAACUUUCUUCAAGGUGAAAAUUGUACUUGACUGUAUCAGUAUGUGGCGAAUGUGCUGAUCCCCAUCCCCAUUUCCGAUGUGUGGCUUGCGUUCCUUUCCCCCUGCUGGAAACCUGUUGUUAUUGCUCCGUUUACCAUGUCAUAUAAUGUGGAUUCUCCAGUUUGAUGUCAUUGAUUGCAGCAGCGCGUGUGACUUUUUGCUGGAUAAACUUUGGGGGUUUUUUACAGUCAAGAAAUAAACUUAAUCUUUCACUACC